GGAUGCUCUACCAGCUUGGACAAUACUAUUCUCCAGGGGCUAUCGGGAUAUUGAAACCCAUAAAGCAUCCUCUUGCUUCACUAUGGAAAUCUAUAUCCGUGGCAACCCGUGAUUCCCUGCGCUUACGACCUUGGUGCAUCUGGAUAUUGCGCUGCCUCAGAGCUUAAAACACAAUGGCGAAUUCACGACAGCAGGCCUUUUCAAAGCUCCGCCCUCCUUGCGUUGAGCUAAGUUCUGCUGGGCUUAAAUUCAGAGGCAACUUCGCAACCUCCAAAGAAGUGUUGCAAGCCCUUGAGCCUGUGCAUUCCACAUUGUUAGAGGUUGUCAGUGAAUAUGGUCUCGAUGAAAAACUUGCAGAAUACGCAUUUUUCCCACUAUCGCACAUAUUCAAUGAAACCCAAAGGGUUUCUGUUCGCUGCCUGGAGCUGGCCGUGCGGUGUCUGCAGAUUCUUAUCGAGAAAGGAUGGGGCCGAAAUCUCCCCGUGAAAAUGGGAAAGCAGUUACUGAUCCUUCUUACCAUCAUAGCUGGUGGUCCCCCCAGUCAAAACCGAGAUCAAGGCCAGCGAAGGCCGGAUUCGGAAGAGCUAAUUGUUGCCGCAUUUGAUUGUAUUGCAAGCGUGUGCCAUGUCCUACAAGGCCCUGCGGCUGAGGUAGAGAUAUUCAAUGAAGUCGGGACGUCCACUAUUGUUGAUCAAACCGUCUACGUCUUACUGGAAGGUAUUACGGAUGGUCCUUCAGACCAGGUCCAACUGGCUGCGGCAAGUGCUUUACGUUCCCUGACCACUCGCAUAAGUCAUCGUGUCAUCCUGGCUAGCCUUUUACCCCGAAGUGUUUCCGCAUUAACUAAAGCGUUGCGGCCAACUACACAAAUGCGACGGUCAUACCAAGUGCUAUGUUGCUGCUUGCAAGGACUCACAGAAAUCUUGAAAGCUGUACUUAGUGAUUCUGAUGUUAACGCCUUAACACCGAAGAAAAGCGAUGAUAAAAAACAAAUGGGAGAUAGUAUGAUAGUUCUCGAUGACUCUUGGCUCAAAGCGACAGCGUCUCAGGUAAAACUUGCUCUGGGAAACGUUAUUCAGCUGAGAACACAUAACAGGCUUGAUGUUCGCCACCGUUUACUUGAGUUAUGCCUCAUGGUAAUUGAGCAAUGUCCGAAAUCACUUGGAGACUCUCUUUCAAUGAUGGUGGAAACCGUGGUUGUCCUUGCUGAAUAUGACACUGAAGGCUCAGCAAACGAUGCUUAUGUCGCCCUAAAACACCUCGUCAUCUCAUCUAGCCCCGUCCUAGAACUCCUCAAGUCCAGCAUGUACACAUGGACGAUAGCCUUGCCGAGAAUGAUGCAGUCAGAUAACGACGCUGCCAAGCAGAGGGCAAUUAAACAGAUAUCGAAUGCGUUCCAGGUCUUGUCGCAGACUCAGCCAAGCUCAGAUAUCUUAGAUGACACUCUAGCAAGAAGCUUAUGCGACAGUGUCUCUGCGGCUAUUCAAUCGCCGUCAACGGCGCCCCAACCUCUACCUAGUUCCUCUAUUACAGGGACAGAGCUCAGUGUUCUCGAGGACGGGGGUCGGCCUACAUCCUUCCAACCUGUGCUACUGGAGCAUCGUAGUCAGCGAAGAACGCUCUCAGAGCUGCACUCUAUGAUCUCGAAGCUGGGCGCCACCGACACUUCUCUGACAAUGGCGAGUUCGAUGUUGAAGAGAAUGUACGGAUCGUCAGGUGAUGGUCUCCUGGCCCCAUUUUGGCUCAUCCUCGCAUUCAUAAAAAGUGCCCCAGCAGAUCUAGCGUCAGUAGAUGAUAUGCUAGAACUGGAUAGUGACACGUUAUCUCGCUCCGCCAUUAUCGAAGAGUUAUACUCAAUUUCGCUCCCGAUUCUCACAGAUUUAUCAACUGCAAAUCCGCCCGACUGGCGGCUCCCCGCACUAGCCCUUGAAGCUAUCGCGCUACAAGCAGAGCAGCUAGGUGAAACCUUUCGUCCCGAAUUAAUUGACGCCUUGUACCCUGUGUUGCAAUUGAUGGGCUCUAGUAAUCCCAACAUGCAAAACCAUGCUGUUACCUGUCUUAACAUCCUCACUACGGCUUGCAAAUAUCCCAACACAAGUGCGAUGCUCGUCGAUAACGUGGAUUACCUGGUUAAUUCGGUAUCUUUGAAAUUCAAUACCUUUGAUUUGUCGCCUCAAGCACCCCAGGUUCUACUCAUGAUGGUGAAGUUAUGUGGAGCUUCUCUUAUCCCAUAUCUGGAUGACCUAGUUGGAUCGAUAUUUGCCGUGUUGGAUGCCUUUCACGGCUAUCCUAAGUUGGUGGAGCUAUUGUUUUCUGUUUUAGGAGCUAUCGUAGAUGAGGGCGCGAAGAAACCAGCACAGCUAGCCAUUACAGGUCCGGAUACCAAUGAACCCGUUAACCACCGGAAAAGGCCCCUCCAGCCUCGCAGCAUUUCAGAUGUUGCGAAUACAUUUCAAGAACGGAGGGAAAAACGAGCCCGUGCUUCCCAACUGGAAGCCAAUGAUGGUCUGGAGAAAGAAUCUCACCCCAAGCGUCCUUGGACUUCAGAACAUGAUGGGCCCAAACCCAUGGACGAGGGUGAGGAUGACAUAGGCUCAGAAACAGAUGAACUACCACAACCUGCCACAGAAGAAAGGACCCUAAGUAGGUCUCACACCCUGCUCCUCAGCAUCGCCAAAUCCAUUCCACCCCAUCUCUCCUCCCCAUCGCCAUUCCUACGACGCUCACUACUCUCAAUCCUAUCCCGCGCACUACCCAUCCUCGCGCAUGACGAGAAUACCUUCCUCCCCCUAAUCAACGACCUCUGGCCUUCUAUCAGCGCUCGAAUUGCUACUCCACCAACCUUCCCAUCGGAUUCCACCACGCUUACAACCACCCACACAGCCUCCACGCAAAUCCGUAACACCGCAACUAGCAUCGACGAAUUCGGCAUCCAGGAAGAAACAUUCGUAAUCGUCGCGUCUUGCACCGCAAUCGGUGCCAUGUGCGAAGGCGCGGGGGAUUUCAUGGCGUCCCGCAUCGAGCAUGAAUUCCCACGGUGGAAGAAACUCUACCUCCGCGCAUGGGAGCGGGUACGACAGGACUCAGAGAGGGCUGCGGAGAGGCAGCGGCAACACAUGGGGCAACAGGAAUGCCUUAAUGCUCGUACCAUCUCGGAGAUGGAAUCUUUAACACCCGGCACUGGCAGCAACAAUCAAUCCUCCGUUUCCACCAGAGUAGUGACUUCACAAUCUCGCCUAUCCCCCCCUCCACCACUACUACCAUACAGCACAAAGUUAUUCACCCCUCAUAGCUCCCUAUUCCGGGCGCUGACACGCCUCUUUACCACGAUACUCUCCAACGUGUAUCUGUCUGCAGACAUCGGCGAUGAAAUUUCCGAGUGUCUCGGUACUCCAAUAUCUUUCUAUCAUCCUGAUUAUUACAUCACGUAUGCUUGGCGCGCCGACGCAAAAUCCAAUGGCGAGAAGCAGACCAGCAAGACAGAAAAUAAAGGAGUAGAAGAGACGUCGGGAACGGGAGCGGGGACGGAAGAAAUAUCUCGAGCGGUUCGGGCUAUGCAUGCGCGGAAUGCGGAUUUAACGUGGUUUAUAUUUGAGAAAGGGCGGGGGAAGGGGAGAGGCGGGCGUGAUAGGGACAGGGAUGUUAUUGACGGGCUUGUACAGGCGGAGCGGAAUAUUGAGAGGAGGAUUGCGGAUAUGUUAAGUUCUCAGCCGCAGUCGUGGACACAGUCACACUCACAAACGCAGGGAGAGCUGCAAUCAAUGGGAAGCAGUGGAUCGUGGAGGUUGGCCAACAUGAUUGGAGCGGUGUGAUGGGAUAGGAAAAAUGAAUAAAUGUUGUUUUUGAUAUAUGAUGGGCACAUCUAUGCCGCCGGUUAUCGAUAUUUUACAGUAAUCAUACCCAUGAACUCUCUGGAUACUAUAGAAGACAUAAGUUUUUCCUUUUAUAAAUGCCCCUACUGCCCCAAAUUGGUCUACAGCCUGCAGUUUCAUAUAUCACUAAUAAUUUCUGUAGGUAGGACGAUAUUAUCAUAAAGAAGAAUAGUAUGGUUUAUGCAAUGGGAGACAAAAAUAAAACCUUUAUUCCUCCUGCAUUUAAAUACUUAACUAUACUUAAAAAACGAAACGAAUGUAUUAAGUUGGGUUGAUUUGUUCAAAAUGGAAGCAAUGAAACUUAUCCAAGAGAGCCCCAAAAAAAUAAGUAAAGGGGAAACAAUAGAAGUCGCAAAGGGAUUAAUUGAGAUUUAUUCUUAAUUCUGACGCAGAGUGGAAUUGGCGGGUCAACCAUUAAUUGAUACAAUUGAUCACAUAUAGCAAAACUGACAGCAAGGGGACGGGGGAAAAAUGAAUGAACUAAUGGAUAAAAUCCCUCAAGAAGAGAAUGUCACGGCUGGAAGUUGGUUUCUGGGAUGCUUCAACAGGAAUUUACUCCUCAUCGUCAUCCUCGUCGCUUUCCGCGGUCUCAAGCCAUUCGAUAAACUUCUCAGCGGCUUUACGGACUUUCCUGCUGGUGGCGAUGUCGACGUACUUCUUGCUAGCCUUCGAGCCCCAGGCCUUGAGGACUUCUUCGGAAACGAGAUCCUCCUGGUAAUAGGCGAGUAGGAUGGCGGGGACACUUUGGCAGAGAUUUGGGCGUUCAAUUCCAACUAAACGCUCAGUUCCUCCAAGGAAUGCCUUCUCGUGGCGCUCAGAAGUGAUCAUCUAAAGAAAAUUUAUUAGUACCAUAAUUAAGACAGGGUUAACGGAUGGAGUGUGUAAUUACCUUCUUGAGCAUGCCAGCCCUGGACGGAAUUUGCUUAACGAUUUUGUCGUCGAACAUGGUUUGAGCCAAGACGGCGAGGGUCUUGUGCUUCGACUCAAUGCCAAGCUCCUUGGCUUUCAUAUAAAUGUCGAUGUCACUAACAUCUGAGACACCAUCCUCAGAACCAUUGGCGGAGCUUAUGAUCCAGCUCCCGAGAAGAUCGUACGCGGAAGCCGACCCAUUUUCCCCUUCCCCGUCUUCAUCACCAUCAUCGAUGACGAGAGAACGCUUGACAUCGUCGGGGAGUUCCUGGGCGCGAGCUUUAACAGCUUCCUCAGAAACAUCAACUGCCCAGUCGUCAUCGUCAAUUUCAGCCGUCUGCUCGAUUCCAUCAGCCUCAGCUUUAAUGCGGCGAGUGAGCUCAUCAUCACUAUGGGCCUCGAGAGCACCAUCGCCGUUUUCCUCCCCUCCAUCGGAGUUGCUAUCUACCGGGCUACCAUUUGACGAUCCGUUUGCCUCUCCGUUCGUCUCUCCCUCACCUUUGGCCUUAUUUCUCUCGCGUCGAGACUUUUUGGUG